AUGGAGCUGGCCCAAUCCUUCACGCACCCCCUGUUGGUAAUAGCCUUUGUCUGGGGAGCGUAUAUCCUGGGCCUUGUGGUUUACCGACUCUAUCUAUCACCGCUGGCUCGGUUCCCCGGACCAAAGCUGGCUGCUGCUACCGCGUGGUAUGAGUUUUACUACGAUGCAAUCUGCCAUGGAAGGUACACAUUUGAAAUUGGUAAGAUGCACAAGCAGUAUGGGCCUAUUGUCCGGAUCAGCCCUUGGGAACUCCAUAUCGACGAUCCCGACUAUUAUGAGAUCCUCUACUCGCGAAGCAGCCCCCGCAACAAAUACAAGUAUUUUGCGAACAUGUUUGGUACCCCCAAGGCAUCAAUCGCCAUCUUGGACCACAACCAUCACCGCCUCUUGCGAUCCAAUAUGAAUCCCUACUUCUCCAUGCAACGGAUUCGAGCGCUGGAACCCGAGAUCCAAGCCGUGGUUGACAAGCUUUGCUAUCGACUAAAUGAGUUCAAGAAUACAGGCAUCCCCAUCACAGUCCAGCACGCCUACACCUGCUUCACCACCGACGUUAUUUCCGACUACACGAUGGGCGUUGGUUUCCAUUAUCUAGAUGAGCCAAACUUUGUCCCCCAGUGGAGCGAAACCUUGAGCGGGAUUGCAAAAAGCAGUGCCUUUUUCAAGCCUUUCCCUUGGCUUGUGUCCUUGCUGAAAACCUUGCCACAAGGUCUGGUGACAAAACUCAAUCCGGGGAUGGGCUUGAUGUUUGCAUUCCAGAACCGUUGUGGGGUCCUCAUCGACUCGGUCAUCGAGUCUCAGAAGAGUGGACAAGAAAAACAGAAGUUUGACCAUCCUACCUUCUUCCACGACGUGUUAGCCAGCGAUCUACCUCCAGAAGAAAAGAGUGCCGAGCGAUUGGCACAAGAGAUCCAAACCGUGGUAGGUGCCGGAGCGGAAACCGUUGCCAAAAUGCUGAGCUGGACAACCUACUAUCUGCUUGAGAAUCCAGAAAAGCUGAAGAAGAUGAGAGAGGAGUUGGAUCGGCUCGACCCAGCCCGAACCGCAUCGUUGGCAGACUUGGACAAGAUGCCUUAUCUGACGUCGGUGAUGCUUGAGGGACUUAGACUUUCGUAUGGCGUGAGCACUCGACUGCAGAGGAUUGCCCCCGACCGCGAUCUCCAGUACAAAGAAUGGACUAUUCCAGCCGGGACUGCCGUUGGUAUGACGAGCGUCUUUAUGCAUCACAAUGAAAAGAUCUUCCCAGAUUCGUACAACUUUAUUCCAGAGCGAUGGAUGGACCUCGACGAGCGUAAAAGACUCGAAAACUAUCUCGUCGCUUUCAGCAAAGGAUCCCGACAAUGUAUCGGGUUAAAUCUUGCACGAGCCGAAAUGCUCCUUGGCCUCGCCAAAAUCUUCCGCGAAGUGCACUUCCAACUAUAUGAGACCACAAGAGAAGAUGUCACGAUGGUACAUGAACUUUUCCUGCCCUUCCCGAAAGUGGGAAGCAAAGGCGUUCGGGUUUUGGUGUCAGAUUAA